AUGCAGCACUACUCCUGCAUCGUCGGCAAAUUGCCGGAGGAGUCCCUCUCCUACACCAACUGUGCCUAUGUCAACCAGGAGCUCUACAACGUGCUGAAGAGCAAGUCUUUCAUGGCUUACGGCUCCGUAAAUACCAUGAUCUUCUGUUUCAGGCAGCAUCCCGCGUGCGGGAGGAACGACAUCUUCCUCAACAGCUGUGCACGUCAGCUGAUUUCAGUAUCAGUGGGAGAGACUGUGGAGGUGGCGCCGGUGGAAGAGAACAGAAGAAGCAGCCUCUUCGCUGUUCAGCACGCAAUUAACUUCGACCACCUGGAGAUAGCAGUUCGCGAGUCGCUGUUGAAUCAUGUGCUGCAUCUAACGCAGACUGUGGCCAUAAUGCAGGAAGGCGUCACCCUUCGCCUUCGGGUCACUAAUAUCGCACCGGAAAACAAAGUCCAAGAUUCGGAUUCGCUCAAUAUGCUAAUGCGUGGAGCUCUGGGAGAAGAUACCAAGCUUGAUUUCCAAUAUGUCGCCCCAGACGGCCGACACCAUGCCAUACCCUCGAAGGACUCAGGCAUCCUCAAGCCCAACUUCAAAUUCGAAGAGAUGGGCAUUGGAGGUCUCGACAACGAAUUUGCUGCCAUCUUCCGACGAGCCUUCGCAUCCCGUAUCUACCCGCCGGAGCUUCUGAAGCAGCUCGGCAUAUCGCACGUUAAGGGAAUGCUGUUGUAUGGUCCUCCGGGUACCGGAAAGACUCUUAUUGCGCGCCAGCUGUCUAAGGCGCUCAACUGUCACAAACCCAAGAUCGUAAAUGGCCCCGAAGUGAUGAGCCGUUUCUUCGGGCAGUCUGAGGAGAAUAUCAGGAACCUGUUCAAGGAUGCCGAAGAGGAGUACGCGCGUGCUGGAGAGAGAUCGAGUCUGCAUAUAAUCAUUUUCGACGAAAUAGAUUCUAUAUGCCAGCGCAGGGGCACUGACACCUCGGGUACAGGCGCCCGUGACAGCAUUGUAAACCAACUGCUAUCCAAGAUUGACGGUAUCGAUGCCCUCAACAACAUCUUGCUGAUCGGUAUGACGAACCGUCUGGACAUGAUAGACGAGGCUUUGCUCCGACCGGGACGAUUUGAGGUGCAUAUUGAAGUAGGGCUGCCUGACAAGGCGGGUCGCUGCCAGAUCCUCAAGAUACAUACGAAGGUGAUGCGGGAGUCCAAGAGACUAGCGGAUGACGUAGACCUGGACGAAAUAUGCGCGAUGACGAACAAUUAUUCGGGUGCUGAGUUGGAGGGUAUGGUUAAGUGUGCCGUUUCUUAUGCCAUACAACGUCACGUGGACGGCAGCGAUAUCACGAAGCCGAAAGAUAUGGACAAAAUAAUAGUCACGAGAGCGGACUUCCUACUCGCACUCAGCGAGGUACGACCUGCCUACGGUGUGGAUUCCUCAAAUCUAUCCGUCUUCAUGAGGCAUGGAAUCGUGCCAUACGGUCAAAAGUUCCACCAGGUGCUCGAGACAUGCAAAAUCCUCGCAGCGCAGGUGCAAAGGUCUGAAAAAACUCCGGUGCUGUCGGUAUUGCUUCAUGGUGCCGUUGGAAGCGGUAAAUCGGCGCUUGCGGCUCACGUGGCGUCCAUCACCAACUUCCCAUUUGUGAAGGUGGUAUCGCCGGAGAACUACAUCGGGCUAUCGGUGGGUUUUACUCGUAAUAUUUACGGCAGCAUCGUUUUGCAGGAACUAUCAAGGGUUAAUGCGAUUUACAAGGCUUUUGAUGAUGCCCAUAAAACGCCCCAGUCACUCAUCAUCCUUGAUGACAUUGAAAGACUGAUCGACUACUCCCCGAUAGGCCCGCGCUUCAGCAACACGAUCCUGCAAUGCCUCCUUAUUCUAAUCAAAAAGGCGCCUAAACACGGUCGCCGUAUAUUCGUCAUCGGAACCACAUCAGAAGACGCGUUCAUGGAGAUGGCGAAUGUAACACAAGCGUUCACGGUGGCGGCAGAGGUGCCAAUGGUAACAGGCCCUGCCGAGAUCUACCAGGCACUUAGUGGCGCCUCGUCUGGUGCAGUGCAGUUUCCGGAGGAUGAAAUCAACAAGGUGAGCUCAGCGAUCUUGUGUUUCGUGUGCAUCGGUAUUUUUCUGCCGCAUUAUUUCAUAUAUACUGGCUACUUCAUCGGUGGUGAAUGCAAAGAUGUAAUUGAUAAAUUCCACAACGAUAUACAGGUGGCCAACUGUGGAAAAAUCAGCACAAUCGGCAUCAAAAGCCUGCUUUUGGCUCUGGAAAUCGCCGUACAGCGUACCAUGGAGGAAGGGGGCAAGCUUAUAUCGUCAUCCACAUUUUUCGAAAGCCUUGAGGCUUCCGGGUACAACCUCAUGAAGUAA